GCAGGUCCCGAGCACACACAAAAUGGAGCCGUCGACGCUAGGCUGACAGGAGAAGAGGAGGAAGAAGAGAGAGAGAAAAAGACAAACAAACCAACCGACAGAUUUGCGCUAAAUAUAAUGUGCUCCACCCGACUUUUAACUGCGCUCGUUUGACGGCUGAAAAGCAGAGAGGCGUUGUGAAAAGCCGCGGGAAGUGGAGGAAGAUGUUUUGGAGCGUUUUGACGGCCGUUUUCAUCGCAGCAGGGUCUACAAGGGCUAUCCCAGUCCAGUGCCCUACGAAGAGGUACGUUGUUAUCCUCUUCCAGCCUGUCACCCUCACCUGUACCUAUCCGGCAUCCUCCAGCCAGCCUCCUGUAGUAACCUGGCGGUACAAGUCGUACUGUCGAGACCCCAUCCAGGCCGCCCUCAACCCCAGCAGCGCAGAGAACAUCCUGUCCCAGAACAAUCCCAACUAUGACCCCAAUAUCGAGUGCGCUGACAGCCUGAGGACCGUGCGCAUAGUGGCUUCCAAGCAGGCCAGUGCUGUCACCUUGGGAGCGGAGUACCAAGGCCGCAAGAUCAGCAUCAUAAACCAGGCAGACCUGAAUAUUGCUCAGACAGCAUGGGGAGACAGCGGUGUGUACGUGUGCUCUGUGGUGUCUGCUCAGGACCUGACAGGAAACAGUGAGGACUAUACAGAGUUAAUAGUACUGGAGAGAAAGUCAAACACAACUGACCUCCUGCCUGGCAUUGACUUCCUGGUAAUGGAAGACUGGCUGUUGGUUGUGUUGGUGGUGCUGGGCUUGUUGAUGCUGCUGCUCCUCAUCGGAAUCUGCUGGUGUCAGUGUUGCCCACAUACCUGCUGCUGUUAUGUCAGCUGCCCCUGCUGCCCCAAACGCUGUUGCUGCCCACAAGCAUUAUACGAGGCAGGCAAAGCCGUGAAGAAAGGUGUGCCCAUUCAGUAUGCCCCAACACUUUACGCACCCAGUUUGUAUGCCCAGCCGGCCUACGUUGGAGGGAUGAGCCAGCCUGCCAUGCCGCUUCUACCCAUACCAAAUGGAGCCGGACCGCCCCCGCCCACUAACGGUUACAGUCGUGAAUACGAUGGAGCCAGCUCAGUUGGGCAAGGCUCACAGGUGCCUCUCCUACAUGAUCAAGGCAACGGAGGAGACCACACUCACAGUGGAUAUCGUAUCCAGGUGGACCCGGAUGGGAACGCCACCCGUGCCAUUUACUACAUGGAGAGGGAGCUGGCCAACCUAGACCCAACCAGACCGAGCAACUACAAACGCUUGGAUGGCGGCAUGAGCGAGGUCAGCUCGCUGCAUGACAACCUGGAGCCUAGAGGUCGCGGAGGUCGUUCCCAGCCCCCUCCACUGACCACUGUCUAUGACCGAGAUGAAACCAUGAGUACCAUCAGUAGCGUGUCCCAGCAUGUCCACCGUCGGGACGACUACCCACGACGCGGCAGAGGUCCCUCCGGGGGAUACAUGGAUGGCCGUGGGCGCACCCGCUCCAUGGAUGACCUCGAUGACAUUGGGCGCCGCUACCCAAAAGACAACUACCCAAGGCACGAUAAUGGGCCUAGAGGCAGAAGAGGCUCAGAUGAUGAGUGGAGCACCAGCGCCCGCAGUGGCUUCGAUGACCGCAGGCGGCGUGACUACUUCCCAGAUGACCGCCGGAGAGCAGAAGGUGACAGUGGCGGCCUACAGGGGCGACGCAGCCGCAGCCGUGAUGACCUGAUGGACCUGGAACGGGAUCGCCAGCGUGGCGCUGGUGCCAGGGGCGGACGGGACGCCUACGAUGACAGCUUCCUCCGAGAGGCUAUGGAGAGGAAGAAGUUGGGUGAGCAGCAGAGGGCCCGGAGCCGCGAGCGCCUAGACAGUGAGAGUGACCGGUCGGACCGCGGAAGAGCGGCCCAUGGGCCCCCGCCCCUCCCCCUUUCCCCACCCGCUGCCUACCCUGGUUGCCGUGACGACCUCCCGCCUCCUCUACCGCCACCAUACAGUGAGGAUGAGAGCAUAUCCUCCUCCAAGAAAAGCAACCUGCGAAAGAAUGGAGCUGUGAGUCGUGAGAGCCUGGUGGUGUAAUGAAAAAAUCUGAUCCAAUGUGAGCAACGUUCCCAUUCUUCAAUAAACAGACCCAUGAAUUAUCAAACCUGUAAAUGUUUGCUUAUUUUUGUGCUGAUUUUUUUAUAGCAUACAAUAUAUGAGAAACUGAAAGCGCAGGUGUGUGUGAUGAGUAUCACACAUGUUUUUAUGUGCCUUAUGUGUCAUUGAAAACCACAAUUGUGGCAGCCGCCAGUGCCUUUUAUUAUGUACAGAGUUUUACCUCCGGAGUCGAGUAGGUGAUGCGCAGCCGUGGUACUUACAAGUAAUAGUCUAUUAAUCAAAGUGCUUUCAGCGAUCAUAGUGUUUCCUGUGUAGUGAUUGUGAUGAUGUCGCUGUAACCUGAUUUGUUUCCUGUGUAGUUAUUGUGAUGAUGUCACUGUAACCUGAUUUGUUUCCUGUGUAGUUAUUGUGAUGAUGUCACUGUAACCUGAUUUGCCAGAAGCAGAAAAGCAGAUAAAGAGAUAAUUGAAAUGGAAUUUU